CCUCCCCCAUCGCUCUCCCCACACAACUCGCUCGCUCACUCUUCCUCCCGCACCUGCACCAGCAAGCGCACCGCGAAGCUUCGCUACCUACAGACAUACCUUAUGGCGGCGUCCGUAGCCUGCUCCUUCUUCUUCGACGCCGAGCCGCUCGGCGAGCCCGGCAUGCCCGCGCAGGACGCGUGCGCGCUGUGCGCCAAGCAGCUCGCCCGCGACAGCGACGUCUUCAUGUACAGAGGGGACACGCCCUUCUGCAGCCAGGACUGCCGCGACUACCAGAUGCGCCUCGACGCCAGGCAGGCGGCCAAGGCGGCUGCCCGGAGGCAGUUCUCGUCGGCGACGGCGUCUGCGCGAGGGCACCGGGAGGAGUCCAGGGAGGUGCCCGUCGCCAGCUAACUGACGAGAGUGCGAACCUUGGUACACCAGUGGCAUGGCAUGCUCCAAGUGCCGGCGCCUGCGUGCGCCUAGGCCCCGGCGAUCUAGCUGAUUCAGCUGUCGCAGAUCGAUCUUUUAGCAUAGUACCUAGACCAAGUGACUUGCCUUGGCUGGAGAUCCCCGUUUUUGAUUUGAUCCUUUGGGGUUGGGUAUAAUGAGGAGAGCCGGUGUGCAAGAACACCGUGGCUGUGUAAUUAUUCCAGGCAAUCUUAUAAAGAGUGUUGUCUUGCCAAUUUUUGACCGAUAUCAAA